GCUCAAUUCUCGACAUCCAACUUCGCGCGACCAGGAGAAAACUCGCUGCCUAGCAUGGCACUGCGCGUCUACGGCCGCAGCGAGCUGCUUAUUACGGCAAUUCGCGUCCAUGACUUCAGCGAGCUGAGGCCGCCGUCAAAGUAUAAAGAGGACACUUGACCGCGAACGAGAGAACAUUCAUCAUAACCCACAGCUUUCCACCAUCAGAGACACUUAUUCCUCCAACUUAUACCAAUCUACCGACCUAGUUCACGAGUCUAUUUGAGGAACCCGGCGGACGAAUUCUUUCCAAUUUACUCACGUCCCAAGAAUCACAAUGAGCACCACCAAGCCUACCCUCGCAUUCUUCGGCGCAACAGGCGGAUGCGCAUCUGCUGCCCUCACCGCAGCUUUGAAAGACAACUAUAUAGCAACAGCUCUGGCGCGCACCCCCGAGAAACUCCGCAAGAUACUCGCCUCAACACCCCACUCGGUUCCUUCGUCGACCCUAAACAGCGCCCUCACAAUCCUCGCCGGCAACGUCAAAUCCGUGGAAGAUGUCAAGAAGGCACUCGUGCCACCAACAUCGCCUACUCAUCUUGUUGACACGAUCGUUUUUGGCGUCGGGGCCCUUCCCCGCAUCAAUUAUUCGCUGUGGAAGCCUUUCACGCUCGAUGAUCCCCACGUCUGCGCGACAGGGACAGCAACCGUUCUGGCUGCUUUGACGAGUCUCGCAGACGAAGGCAUUAGGACUACCGCGAGCGGCGAGAAACCGGUGUUCGUGACGAUUAGCACGACGGGUGUGACUGAUGGGAAACGGGACGUGCCGUGGUUGCUCUACCCACUAUACCACUGGGCGUUGCAAGUGCCGCAUGAAGACAAGAAGUCGAUGGAACAACAGCUUUUUGGUGCUGCGAAGGACAGCAAGAUCCGCAACUUUGUGGUCGUGCGGCCGACUUUGUUGAGCGGUGGGGCGCAGGGGGCGGAUAAGGUCAGAUCCGGGUGGGAAUGGGGGAUCAGGGGCGUUGAAGGCAGAGGGAAGGAACAGGGUCCUGCGCUGGGCUGGUAUGUGGGGAAGACGGAUGUUGGCCAUUGGAUUUUCCAAGAAGUCAUCAAGAAAGGAGGAUGGGAGGGCAAGUGUGCGACUUUGACCUAUUGAGCAUCAAGUGCGUUCCAGGUGGAUCCGUAGAGCAUGGCAAGGGAAGCCAUGGUUUAGAGGAUUUGUAAAAUAUGGUCCCGUUAUUCUACUAAUUUCACUGUUUUAAUGUCAAUACCCUCAACAUUCACGAACGUAAUUUCGAUCACCUUCGUUUCCAUCUACCAUUGUCACGGGCGCCUCAUCACAGUUCUGAAAGUGUGAAAGAUAUGCAAGUUCAUCUUUCCAUUUAAAAUCUAAACGAGCUUAGGCACACGUAAGUCCCAUGGUCGCUCUGUCCAUAGCAACUUUGUAUUUACUCUCUCGGUUUCUGGAAGUGUUUUAGAAUUUUGUAUCCGUGCUAUAUAUUAGACUAAAAGCCAGGCCAUAUAAUCGAUACUGUACCU